UACACAUGUGAAUUGAAGCAGCUUGUGUUGCGUGUGGUUCUGACUAUUUUUGGUAAGUAAAUUUAUCACAUUUAUGCAAAAUUGUGAGAAAAAGUAAUGUAUAUAUUGUCACAAAUAAGCUUUGAAUUAAUAAACGCUUCGUAGUUAAAAAUAAGUAGUACGUAAGUUAAAGAUACCUGUUUCAUUAAUAAUGUGAUUCUCUUGUCUUAGAUUGGAUUUUUAUAUUGAUUUUGAAGAUGCCAAAUAUAUGCUGUGCAGCGAGAUGUUUUAAUAAAUCCAGUGAUGGAUAUGCAUUAAUUAGAUUUCCCAAGGAAAAUCAAUAUAAGAAAGCAUGGGUAGACGCUGUUUUUGGAGAGACAUCAAGAUCCUUGAAUAAUUUGAGAUUGUGUGAAGUUCACUUUGAGCCAUCAGAUGUAUUGGUGGUAGGUUGCCGGAAAGAAAUAAAAAAAGGUGCGAUUCCAUCACAUUUUUGCCAUUGUCUCUCUGAGAAUUUUCGAGAGUAUGGACGAGGCGAUGAGGGAGCGGAUUGGAAGAAGUCAGGAGUGGGCGGUGGGGUAUCCGGGAAAAUGCGCACCGUCAGAGCGUCUGAGAACGCGGGUGACGGAGAUCGCGGGGGAGAUGAAGGAGGUAUUGCCUCUAUAUUUUCUAUAUUUGGUUGA